AUGAAACAACAGCAAAAGCAGACCAAGGCCAAAGUAACCUUCCAAUCAAGAAAACGAGCGACAAGUAACCCACAGGUGAACGAUGUAAUCCAUCCUAAUCAAUUCAAAACAGCGAUAUCCUUUUAUACCCCAAAUCGUGGUAGCAACUCGGUUCGCAAGACCCGAUACAGACAAACCAUUGCCUGUCCCAAUUCUCCCAGAAUAGAAGAAAGUAAGGAAUGCUGUCGGCAGCACAGUCCAGAUGACCUACAACAACGAGGAAGGUUUCUGGUAUGGCCAACCUCGAUAAAGGUCGAAGACGCGAACAUGCCGAACUUAAGAAGCCGAAUGGCAAAAGCAGAAAGCCGAAUGACAAAAGCAGCAGCUAACUAG